AUGGAUAUGUCAUUUAAUCUUCACGUACUUAAAAGCGACAGUUGUGAUCUCCUUACGGUUGACAUUUACAAAAAAAAAGAUGAGGAUGAAGAUAUAUACGUCGAAUUGGAUAAUAAAAAGUACUACUUAAAUUCACUCAAAGUUAAACACCUCAGGGACUAUGUCUGUCGUAUUAACGGAGUUGAAAGGAUUGAAAACGAAAAUAUUUCUACUGAAGAUGACAUUACACAAAAACUUAGUGGGGAAGAAAUGAAAAUUCGAACCUUAUUUAAGACACAUUUUAAAGAUGAAUUGAGUAAAUUAGAACGUGAUAAAGAUUAUGAACUUGUAAGUUCCAUCAUCACCAUCAUCCCCGACGUGACGCUUCCCGAACCUAAUGAAAUAUUCGAAAACUUUCUCAAAAGCGAACACAGACAAUUCCUUAACAAGUUCAUAGAAAAUAAUGAUGCAUUGCCAUCAUAUGAUUCAGGAAUGUCAUCUCUUAAAACAAGUGUACCUGCUACUUCUUCGGGUGAUCGUCCUUCGCUCUUAUUACAUAAUCUCCCCGGAGAUGAUCAUAAACAUGAGCCAAUUACCCGGGUUUUAGGGGUUCAGUCUGCAAUUGCAAAAGCAAAAAUGUAUAGUUAUGAUGAUGAUAUAUUCCGUGUCCUCAUGUUGAAACUCAUCGCUUGCCCACCAUCAUCUGUAACAGCACUCAUUAUUGAGAUAUAUAUGGAAUUUGAUAAGGAAACGUUUAUCAUUAUUCUUGACGAAAUUCAAGUCCUCGAAACGGUAGAUAAAGGAAAGUUUAGAUCACGAACAAAUGAACAAGAGGAGCGUUCACUCUUGUCUCCUUUAGUUCAGGCAAUGAGAGAACCAGCAUCAUCGGUUAGCGACAAUCGUUAUUUCAUUCCAUGUGGUACUGGGCUUGGAAUUCUUUCUCUUGAGGAUGUCCUUAAUUGA